AUGCCUGCCCCACCGAGGGCACCGCUCGUCGUCGUCGUCGCCGCCGCCGCCUGCUUCGUCUCGGCCCUCGUGCUCGCUGCGCCCGUCGUCGACCAGCUGCAGCCAAACCAGUCGCCUGCCAUCUACGAGCCCUACCUCGCCUUCCCGCACCCCAUCCCGCACACCGGCCGCGCCUUUCUCCCCAACUCGCCGCACCCUCUCCUCGCCGACAUCCGCCUCCCCGACAACCCGACCAACCCGGCUCCCCGACCCGUGCCAGCCUACGACCGCCACCCGCUCUACGUCCCGGGCAAGCCCCACAACUUCUCGACAACCGAGUUCAAGUUUGACCCGCGCGACAAGCUCGACAAGCGCGCCCUCGUCUCGUCCGUCGACAUCCCCUUCCCGCCCUCGGCAUGGAUGGACAUCAACGACAUGAGCAAGGUCGCCCAGCUCGCACAGGCCGCCGUCGCCCGCAUGCAGACCUGGUACGAGGACGGCCUGUUCGAGUGGACUGGCUGGUGGCAGACGCCUGUGCUCGGCAUCGCCUACACCAACCUCGACCUCGCCCUCGGCAAUCAUGUCAACGAGCUCUUGAUCAAGGACCUCCUCAUCAAGAACGACGACCUCGGCUGGAUGAUCGACAAGUACGUCGACGACCAGAGCUGGUGGGCCAUGUACGCCUUGCGCGCGCACCAGGCCUACCCGAACUCGACCUGGCUCGACAUGGUCGAGACGAUCAACAACAACAACACGCUGUACUGGGACGACACGUGCGGCGGCGGCGUCCUGUGGCUCACCUACCGCCCUCUCAUCAAAAACACGAUCACCAACGGGCUCUACUUCAGCAUCCUGACGCGCCUGUACCGGUUGACCGGCAACGAGACGUACUUUGAGCACUCGAUGAACACGCUCAACUGGUGGCUCGAGUGGGCGUUCGACACCGACAACGGGCGCGUGUACGACACGGUGACGGCCUCGUACGCCGGCGAGCCCCUCUCGUCGUGCACCCGGUCCGGCGAGCAGACGUGGACCUACAACUCGGGCGCGUUCCUGUUCGGCCUCGCCGACCUGUACUACGCGACGGGCGACGAGCGCGUCCUCGACCUCGGGCGCACGAUCGCCUACGCCGCCAUGAGGGACUAUGUCCCCGACGAGUUGACGGGCGUGCUCGUCGAGGGGUGCGAGGACGACCCGCCGCCUGGCGAGGGCAAGCCGCCCGGCUGCCAGCAGGACGAGACGGUCUUCAAGGGCAUCCUCAUGCUCGGCAUGUCCGAGCUGUACCUCGCUCGCCCCGACCCCAACAUCUACAAUUUCGUCAACACGCAGCUCCUGAGCAACGUGUACAACAACGUCGACGACUCGUGGCUCUUUGGCAUGUGGUGGGGAGGACCGUGGAACGAGACGACGGCCGGCCCCAAGACGCAGCUCAACGCCAUCUGCCUCAUCGCCGCCGCCGCCACCAUCAACGCCGACUACCUCUCGUCGGUGGGCCGGUCCGUCUCGCCCGGCAGCGCGACGGACCAGAUUGCCGUCCCGGAGAGCACGGCGACGGGAGUCGCUGGCUCGACCGACCGCAGCGUGACGGGCGCGGCGCCGAGGGCGCAGGAAGCGCCGGCGUGGGUCGCGGUGAGCGCGGUGGGCGUCGCGCUCGGGGCCGGUGCGGCGGUCCUGUGGGCGUGA